CGGACAUCUGGAGUCAGAAAUUCAUGUCUUACUUGACAUCAAUGGCACACAGGUGAAAAUUGACAGCAAAAACACCCAGACAAUUGAGGUUGACGGUGUCAACAAGCACAUGCCCUUCUUGCUGAGCCCCUCUGCAUUAGCUUUCUCCGUGGGACUGCAAACCUACAUCCGCACAGCCUCUGGCUUUUUCUUCAGUCUUGGUUUACAAGGCAGAGUCGGCAUCACAUUGUCUGAUAAAUAUGCCAACGCCACCUGUGGCCUGUGCGGAAACUUCAACUUUGACCCAGCUGAUGACCGCAGAGUGAAUGGCUCGCAUCUUACCCCUGAGGAGUUUGGAAAGGCCUGGAGAAGUGGGCACAACCCUUGGUGUAUGGAGGGCUGUCUAGGAGGAAGUUGUCCGACGUGCUCACCUGGGCAACUGGCCCUCUACUCGGGCCCUGGGGCUUGUGGGAGGAUUCUUGAGGCUAAUGGUCCAUUCAGAGAUUGUCAUGGCAAAGUGGAGCCGGACCGUUUUUACAAGCACUGUGUCAGUGACCUGUGCCUUCAUGGAGGGCUGCAGCCUGCCCUCUGUGAUUCACUGGCUGAGUAUACGUCUGUCUGCCUGUUUCACAAUGCUGGCGUCCAUGCCUGGAGGAGCCCUGGAUUCUGCUGUAAAUGGUGUUCUUGAGAACCUGCCCUUCUCCCAGGAUAAUAUCACAGUGAUCAGUAAAAAUGGACUGCUAACAAUCAAGGCCUUGAAGUCAGUCCAGCUUAGUACAGACCUGCACAACCAAAUUCUGGUCAAGAUUCCCAAUAUUUACCAGCAGACCACCUGUGGCCUUUGUGGGAACUACAAUGGUAAUUCCUCAGAUGACCUCCAGCUGCCCAAUGGCACUCUGGUGUCUAACCCUGAUGUCUUUGGCUCCUCAUGGAGAUGGCCCGAUAUGGAUUUAUCCUGCAAUGACACGUGUGUCGACACAUGUAAACCCUGCAUCUCUCCGCUGCUCAACUACACAUCCGAGCUGCACUGUGGUCUCCUCACACAGCCCAAGGGACCGUUCUCCCUUUGUCACCGGGCACUGUGUCCAAAGCAAUACUAUUCGUUCUGCAUGGCACACGUGUGCACUACAGAGAGGCAAAGCCAGGCCCUGUGUGACGCACUGCAGGCCUAUGAGGUGGCAUGCAAGGAGGCAGGAGUGCAUGUUGGCCUCUGGAGGAAUAAAACGGGCUGUGAAUACCAGUGUCCCCAGUUCAGCCACUAUAGCCAGUGUGCCAAUGCAUGCUCCUCACUGUGUCCUGAAGUUGGCCAGAUAGUGCAAUGUCCAAACGGUUGUGUGGAAGGCUGCCCGUGUGAUGCUGGACACCUUUACAAUGGCUAUGCAUGUGUGCCAAUGGGGAAUUGCGGCUGUUUGCAGGAUGGGAGGAGGUUUGAGGCUUCUGAAAGCAGACUUCUACAAAACUGUACAGUGAAAUGCACAUGUGGGCCUCCCCUUGUCUGUGAGAAGUACUCGUGCCCUGAACAACAAAACUGUUCUGUCUCAGAUGGCAUCAUGGGUUGCCAGAAGAAUGCGGCAGAUAGCUCGGAUCCAUGCAGGGGACGAUGUGAGCAGUCAGAGGAAUGCGUCCUGAGUAAUGGUGUGCCCAUCUGUGAGACUCCUCAAGCUGUGUGCUGGGCCUGGGGAGACAGGCACUACCACACCUUUGAUGGUCUUGACUAUGACUUUGGAAGUACCUGUACCUACCUACUGGCAGCCAGCCGAGGUGCAGCUUGCGGUCUGAUGCCCUUCAGUGUGUCACAGAAGACCGGCUGUUAUGGCAAAGGAACGUCCUCACGGGUGGUGACUGUACAGGCCUAUGGAUUCCUCCUCAAGCUCGACAACAAGAAGGGCAGAGUCCUGGUAAACGGGCUUGUGGAAUAUUUGCCUCUCAGUCUAUUGCGGGGCAAAAUUCAGGUGACCCACAGGUCAGGUAGGACUCUAUUGAAAACUGACUAUGGCCUCCAGGUGGUCUUUGAUUGGGGCAACACCAUUGCUGUGACAGUGAACCCACAAUACAAGGGCAGAGUUUAUGGCCUCUGUGGCAACUUUAAUGGUAAGCCUCUAGAUGAGCAUACCGUAGGCACACUCGGCACUCACUCCCCUGAAAAUGUGGUGGACCUGGCCCAGGAGUACAGGCUCUUUGAUGGAGAUGAUGAAUGUUGCACAAAUUGUCAUCAGACACCAGAUAACUUGACCCUGGCCUCAGAUUUUGUUUCUGACAUGACCUCCAGUUACAAGAGACUAUGUGCAGUCCUCAAGGAUCAGGAGGGACCCUUCGCCCACUGUGAUGGAAAAGUUGACGCUGAUUCCUUCUACCAAAGUUGUGUUACUGACUUCAUACUUAAUAGAGAGCCAAAAGCCGCUCUUGACCAAGCCAUGAAGUCAUACUCCAUGGUUUGUGAGCUAAUUAAUGAUGGCUACCACAGCGAUGUGACAGGUGAUGUGCGCUGCCCACCAAACAGCCACUACAAGACCUGUGGCUCUGCCUGUCCUCCAUCCUGUGACUCAAACAUCACUAUCUGUAAUAAGAUGUGCGUACAAGGCUGCUUUUGUAACCCCGGUUUCAUCAAGAGUCCCGAGGGAUGUGUGCAUCCAAAGCGCUGUGGAUGCACAGACUCCAGCAACAAAUACCACAGCCUCAACACAACUUUCUGGACCCCAGACAACUGUGGCCAGCUGUGCGUGUGUGGUCCAGCUGCCAAAGAGGUCAACUGUAAGCCGUCUCUGUGCCCCAGAGGACAAGUCUGCAAGCAGCUGGGGCACAAGAGCUUAUGCCAGCCCAAAGAAGAACACCUCAACUGUUCCAUAGUCACUGGGCUCCACUUCAUUACCUUUGAUGGCCAUCGGUUUAAGUUUAGAGAUGGUUGUUCCUACAUACUGGUUCAAACCCCUAACCAGACUGAAAUGACCCCCUUCAACAUCAUCGUUUCUGAUGCUAGAUGUCAAAAAAGGUUUUUUCAUAGCCUUAAUUUGAAACUCUCAGUAUAUAAUGUGGAGGUGUUGGUAAGCGGAGAUGACCCAGAAAAGAUUUUGGUUGAUGGACUGCAUAAGCCUCUACCAUACUAUCAUAAAGUGGGCCAUAUAAAUGCUUAUCGCACACCCUCAUCUUUGGCGAUUCAUACAGAUUUUGGAUUACAGCUGGUCCUCUACAAAAUGGGCACUAUUACGAUUAUCCUACCUGGUACUUACGGAUCCUCUGUCUCUGGUCUCUGCGGGAAUGCCAACGCAAACCCUAAUGAUGAACUACUCCUGUCCAAUGGCGAGAGAGCGCAGAACACACUAGAGUUUGCGCACAGCUGGAGGACCAGAGAGUCGAAAACCUGUAGGUCGAACUGUACCUCCUGGAUGAAGUGCUGCUCUGCAGAAGAGCAGAGGCUUUUUGAGAGCAGUGACUUCUGUGGGGUGCUACUGAAUGAACUGGGCCCAUUUGAGGAGUGUGCUUCAGUAUUGAGUCCCAUCAACUACUUCCACAGCUGUGUUGAGGAUUCCUGCUGCUAUGGAGGGUACUACUUGGCUUUUUGCAAUGCUAUUGCAUCCUAUGCUGCAGCCUGCCAAGCAGCCCAGCUCCCUGUCAGGCAGUGGAGGAGUGACACUUUCUGUGGUAUGUCAUGCCCUAAGAACAGCCACUAUGAGCUGUGUGGACCUCGAUGUCCUGUUGUGUGUGCUGGUUUGUCCUCCCCAGCCAACUGUAGUGGGGGGUGCCAGGAGGGCUGUCAGUGUGACAACGGCUAUGUUCGAAGUGAUGGCCAGUGUGUGCUAGUUUCUGAUUGCGGCUGUAUGCACAAUGGACAAUAUUACCCUGCCGGCUACUUCUCCCCAGGGCAUGGUUGCCAGAAGUGUUACUGUAGGAGUGGGGAGGUGUCCUGCAAGCCUAUAUCCUGCGGCUCCCAGGAAAGGUGCUCGGUAAAGGAUGGCCUCGCCCAAUGUCGGCCUGUGGAGUAUGGGGUGUGCCAAGUGUUGGCUGGCUUUGGCUACAUCACUUUUGAUGGCUUGGUUCUCCCCCACCAUGGAGCAUGUACUUACGUGCUGUCAGAUUCGUCUUCUAAAGCUAUGCCUAACUAUACGCUGCUUCUUAGCUUUACAAAGGCUAGAAAUGGUACAGUUCAUCAAAUCAGCAGAUUAGUAUUCCGAUGGCGUUCUUUACAGCUUUCUGUUGACCCUGAGACGCCGUGGAAGAUCCAAUUAAAUGAGGAAGAACUUGGCUUACCUUUUGAUAUGGGUGAAAUCAAAGGAUACGACGAUGGCAGCAGCUUAACCAUCGCCACAGUGUUUGGUGUAAGAAUCCAACUCUCCUCUUCCCAGUACAUCAGACUGUCUGUACCACAAGAUGAUGACGCUAUGGUUUCUGGCCUCUGUGGGAACUUCAAUGGAGUGACAUCUGAUGACUUUGAGCUGAAGAACAACCAUCUAGCCAAAAGCACGUCGGAGUUGAUACAGAGCUGGGUUUCAGUUGCCCCUGGACAGCAUUGCUAUGCCAACUGCGGGAGUGCCUGUGAUCAGUGCAGGACGUCCACGGAGGCCUGUGACAUCCUGAUGCUCCGCAAUGUAAUGUUCGGUAAUUGCUGGAACAGCGGUGUAGAGGCCCAUGUUUACAGAGAUGCGUGCAUCAAAGCAAUGUGCACUGGAGCCGAGGAGAUGGAGGCUGUAUGCCUAGCAAUGGAGGCAUAUACUGCAGCCUGCAAAGCUAAAGGAAUAACUGUGGGCCCAUGGAGACAAAACACCCUUUGCUCUCUCCAAUGUCCUGACCGCAGCAGUCCAAGCGAGUGUGUCGAUUCCAGCUCCAAUUCCUGUCCUGCUCUCCUCACACCUGGAUCUUCAACAGCAGGCUGCUCAGAGGGCUGCCAGUGUCUCAAUGGAAAUGUAUUUGAAGGGAACGAGUGUGUACCACACAGUCAGUGCGGCUGCAUUGUUCAUGAAAAAUAUAUUAAGGUGGAUGAGCAGCUGUACACUGAGAACUGCUCCCAGAGGUGCUGGUGUCACCCCUUGGGUGGGGCACUAUGUGAGAAGACCAUCUGCAGCCCAGGCCAACAGUGUUCUUUGAGAAAUGGAUCCUGGGGGUGUCAUGAGCAGGGUGGGAUUUGUGAGCUCCGUAGUGGCCUCCAGGCCACCACCCUCAGUGGGCAACAGCUGAACCUGAAACCCCGGCUCUCGUACAACUUGGUGUCCUUCUGUGACGAGGCAAGUGAGCACUGGUUCAGCUUGAUCUCCUACCAUGGACCCUGUGGUCACAGCUUUUCCAGAGAUGUCACUGUAGUGCAGUUGCUCCAGCUGGACUCAUCGGUCUCGAUCCAUGGGGGCAAAGUAAAGGUGAAUGGGCAUCCUGUGCCCCUGCCUUACACCCUGCCAUCAGGGGGAUCCCUGACACUCGGUGCUAACCAGGACAAGUCAGAGAUCACGGUGGUCCUGAGCAGAGACACUGGGAUGGAAUCACAGCUGGAGAUAGACGUUGGUGAUACCAUAGUGACAGUCAAGCUCUCUGGCUGGUAUAAAGGCAAGCUGUGUGGUAUCUGUGGAGACCAUAAAGCCCGCAGUUCAGAAGAGUCUGCCCAGUUUUGGGUCCUCGCCGAUUUGCCUAGCUGUGGCUUCAAUGGAUGAUCGACCAUUUAGAUGUCAUUUGAAUAAACAUC